AUGAGCUCUGUGACCUCCUCUAUCGACUGGUCUUCUACACCAGCAGACACACCCCAAACGGGUCAUACUCCCAUUCCUACCUCUUUAACGCACAAUUCCAUGUCGUUGGUAUAUGCCAAUACUCUUGUUCGAUAUGGAUGUCCUCACCCGACACAUCGUUGGGAUCCUCUCCGUACGAGGGUAUCCUGCGUUUCAUCUGGGACAAGAGUCCUCAAACUCAAUCUGAAAAAUGGUUUUAGUAAUAUCCUAGGAACCGCCUGCGGUAUCUCUUCAAUCAGAUAUGGCUAUUCCCUAAGGAAUUAUGGUGGGAUGGGCGAUUCUGGUACGACGAAUUUGACUCAUCCAUGUACAGUUCUGACUGGAAGAUCAGGUGAUAUUGCGGGUCAAGAGAUUCCAAAUGGUUUCAGACAGAUGUGUAUGGAUAUAGUCUCUGUUGGGUCCGGGAUGAUCAAUCUCCGGGGGGAUUUUGAAAAAGAUCAAUUUCAUGGAUUAGAAACACUUAAUCUGAAUAGGAAUGAGACGAAAGACGAAUUGCAGAUGACUUUGGAUUGGUGGAAUUAUUACACUACUUAUCUCUCUGCAGAGAGAGAUGGGAUCGAUUUGGGACCUUCAAUGUUCCCUCCGCGAUGCGAUUUGACUGGGCGAAGAACGGGACUGUCAAGCGAGGAUAAUGUACCUGUCAUUGAAAGUCAACAGGGAUCAAGUGAUUAUAAACCGAUUUUCCCCAAAGUGGUUGGCUCUGAUGGAAAGAUAGGCUACGACUGGGCAUCUAUGGUGGAAUUAUUCAAUCCGGAUGCGGAUGAUCAAGUGCAAAGGCAAGUGCAGACUAGACCUUCGUCAACUUUCACUUGUUCAGUAAGGGAUGACGAACCACUUCCGGGUAACGAGAAUAACCAAAGACCUGUUUCACUGCCUCAGACUCCUGUCACGAAUUGUAUGUGA